GCCGGCGCACGCUCAGACAGAAUCCGCGAGUCAGUCGCAAGCAGCGCGCGCGCACGCAAGCGACACACGACACGAACGACUCUCGCGACCAUUUGUAUAUUACAAGGCAAUUGUUUGACUAUAGUAUGUGAUAAUUUUUAAUUUAGGUAGGACUCGUAUUUAAAAUAUUUAAUCGUAAAUUAAGAAUCUCAUAUAAAAUAAUUUAAGAUUAUUAAGUUUGUCUAUUUAAACUAUUGGUGACAUCAAAAUGACAAUAAAAAAUAAAAAGACUAAACAAUCUAAAUCCUCGGAAGUGACCUCAUCGAGUACUAGUGCAUCGAGCAGUGUUCAGAAGAGUAGUACAUCAACGUCUGUACAACAGAGUAGCAACACAUUACAGAAGGUCAGCUCGUCUGGGAAAAAAGUUCGCUAUAUUGAGGUAAAGGUUGAGGAAGAUGACCCGCUUAUGAUAACUGAUGUAACCGAUCAUGCUUCGUUAAGUGGUUCAACUAUAUCCGAGCACUACAAUAGCCACCCGCACUACAUUAUUACUGAAGCUCCGUCGAUUACAGACUUGUCACAGAUACGAUCACAAGAGCAUAACGUAAGCGACAUGUCUCAAGCGACGACUGGUGAAUUUGUGUCUAGUUCUAUACUACAAGAAUCAUCUACUUCACAUCAACAAAGUUCUAAGAGCGAAGCUUUUCAAACUUCCUCCAGUUCCAUUCAACAUUCGGGUUCUAGUCAUAGUCAAUCAUUUGAUAGAACAGUGGAUUCUUCAGCUAAUCAAACGCUUAAUACUGCAUUCAUAGACAGUUCUAAAGGCAAUAUUACGCAUGCUAAUCCUGGUUUUAUGUCAAGAUCACAAACUGCUAAUGCUACCAGUUCUUUUCUUCAAUCCGAACGCCAAGAUAUAAGUAAUACACAAUCUACUCAACGAUCAAGUGCUAAAAGUUCCGAAGUGAUAAAUAAUAUAAAUAAUAACACAGAUGGGAAAAAUAUUAACCGGCGCGAGAAAGUAAUUUAUGAAAAUUUGCCUGAACAUUCAAAGCGAGUCCAAAAUACUAAAUCCGAUUCCUCAAAUUUUUAUGGAGGCGAACAUAGCCUCGACAAAAAUGUAAAAACGAAGGAAAUUAGUAGCACGUCUCAAAUAAGUGAGAGCAAGAGCAGUAACGUCACAAAGUCGUCAUCCUCCUCAUAUGUAGUAGAAAUUGUAGAUGGCAAAGAACGCAUUAUCGACAGUUCAAAGCGAGAAUGGGGCGAUGCUCAAGAACAAGCGUCAAGAGAAGCUUAUGCUAGCAUCAGUGGAACUGAUAUAAAACCUCAGUCAUCUCAUAGUAUCCAAAAUUAUGAUAUGAAAUCUAAAUAUGAUACAGGAAAAGAUGGAAAAAAACCUAUUAACGAAAUGAUAGUAAAAGAAGACUCUAAAUUUAUUAAGGAUGGAAAUGAAAUAACUACUCAUGAGAGUGUUAUUUCGGAACGAAAUGAUCAAAAGCAUCAACAGUUUAGCUCUACUCAAGGUCAACUUACUUCUCAAGAAUAUGAUCAGUUUUCAACUGUUACUUCUAAAGAUUAUAAUGCUGUACAAAAUAAAGAUACAGUGAAAAAUGUAACAACCAACAAAGAGACUGUAAAUGAAAAACGACGCAAUGCAAAUGUAACUGAUUCAUCAAAUUUUUAUGGAUAUGACGCUACUAUACAAAAUGAGUUAAAGAAAGUUGGCGAUAUCUUACAAGUUCCUAAUACGGAAAAUAUUAACUUUUCAACUAAAAUUAUGAAAAGCAAUACAAGCAGUGCUCAACAAGCGUCUACUUCUUCUUAUGUAUUUGAAGUUGUAGAUGGAAAACAAAAAAUUGUUGACAGUUCUCACAGAGAAUGGGGAGAUAGUAAAGAUCAUUCUACUUAUGAAAAGAGUCACAAUAUCAGUGGUACAGGUAUAAAACCACAAAAUGAAUAUAGUCGCCAUGUUUUGGACAAAGAAUCUCAUUAUGACACUGGCAAAAAUGGAAAACCUACUAGUUCCACAUAUUUAACUGAAGAAUCUGUUUUGAUUAAAGAUGGAAAGGAAAUUGCGUCCACAAAAAAUGUUUAUGAGGGUGAUUUUACUAAGAAACAAGCAAUAUCGGAGCAUACUUCAAAGGAUGAUGUGUUGAAUAAACGUAUUCAAGAUACAACUGAUCGAGACAUUGAUUCUACUAAUUAUGAAUCUACAUUAUCCGAUGUACAAUCACGUACUAAAGACAUUACUGAUGUAACAAAUACCACCGACUUGACAUCAAUCGACCGAUCAACAAAACAAACUAUAGAGAAACAGAAUUAUUCUAAAGAAACGAAGUCGUCUUCAACUUCCGAAACAAAAGAUACAUUAACUACUUAUGAAAGAAGUACAGGAACAUGGAACGGAAAGUUUAUUUAUGAAAAAGAUGAUGACCGCCCAAAGAAACCAAAAGAAAUGUCCCCUUUUGGAAAACCCGAGCAGCCGCGACAUCACCUAAAACGUCAAGACACUGAAGAAAAUAUUAUUUUAUCAUCCAGAGACAUUAAAGAUUUUACAUCUAUAAGUGACCUACGGAAAAUCAUAGAGUCAUCGCAAUAUAAGAAGGAUGUUACUGUAAGUAAUAAAAACAUCGUAAUUAACAGAAAUAUCGAUGAUCGCAUAUUAAAAGAAAUUAUCGAAACCGUAAAGAAAUAUCCGUUCAAAAGGAUAGAGAAAGUGACAUUUGGUACAAAGAUUAAUGAAGAUGUUAAAGAUUUAUAUGAAGGUGUUGAUACUGAAGAAACUACUGUGUUAACUACCAGCAGCGGAGACGUUACCAAAAAGUCUUUUGAAGUGGAAAAAAAUAGAAGCCAAAUAGAGGUCACUCGAUAUAUUACGGAAAAUGGUGUUACAAGAAAAAUAACGACUUACGAAGAUGCAAAAGAAGAUGAAAAAAUUAAAACUGACGUUUUCGUCGAUAAGAGCGAGUUAGACUUCAAAAACUUGCGAGAUGUCCAUACGACGAAAGACGAGAUACGGGAAUACGACGUGGUAGACCGUGCCAUCACUGAUACCACAAGGAAGGACACCACUGUCAGCACCGUCUAUGAUGAGACCAUCAUCGACGAUAGAAAAACCGUGCGAGAUGACAGGACCACGAUCGAGGAGACCGUCAUUAUUGAUGAGACAAGACCAAAACAUGGUGGCCCCAAGAAACCAGAAAAGACAAUUAUUAAAGAGCAGUGCAUAUGCGAAAUCUGUACUUGUGGGCGUCACCGCUGCCCACACAACGAUGUCCCGGAGCCAUUGUUCGAUGUGGAGCACACGACGAGCGUGGUCUCCGCAUACAAACAUGAUUAUGACGAAAAGCAUGUGAGUCGCACCACCGCCGUACACCAUGAGGAUCAUUUACAUCUUGAAGGAGAUUUUCAAGAACCUGAACGACCACGUUGGCAACCGGCUGAGCGACCUAAGCCGAAGAAGCCUGAAGAUAACCUCAAACCUGAAGGUGAUUUUGAGAAAAGACACCCAGAAGAAUGGCAACCAGGUGAAAGGGCUCCAGUGAAGAAACCAGAAGAUAAUCUGAAGCCUGAAGGUGACUUUGAAAAGCGAAGGCCUGAUGAGUGGAGACCAGGAGAUCGUGCUCCUAUUCGUAAGCCAGACGAUAAUUUAAGGCCAGAGGGUGAAUUUGUUACUCCAGAGAAAGAACCCUGGAAACCGGCUGAUAGACAAAAACCUAAAAAGCCUGAAGAUAACUUAAAGCCAGAAGGGGAAUUUGAAAAGCGUCAACCAGAAGAAUGGCGUCCAGGUGAUCGGGCACCUGUUCGUCGUCCAGAAGAUAAUUUACGUCCAGAAGGUGAUUUUGAAAAACGUCGUCCUGAAGAAUGGAAGCCAGGUGACAGAGCUCUAGUCCGUCGACCUGAAGACAAUCUUAAACCAGAAGGAGACUUUGAGAAGCGAAGACCUGAGGAAUGGCGUCCCGGUGACAGAGCGCCUGUACGUCGUCCUGAUGAUAAUUUGAGGCCAGAAGGUGACUUUACCACUCCAGAUAAAGAACCUUGGCGUCCAGCUGAACGACAGAAGCCUAAAAAACCAGAUGACAAUCUAAAACCGGAGGGCGAUUUUGAGAAACGUCAGCCCGAAGAAUGGCAACCUGGUGAUAGAGCUGCUGUACGCCGUCCAAAAGAUAACCUUAAGCCUGAAGGGGACUUUGAAAAACGCAAACCAGAUGAAUGGCGUCCGGGUGACAGAGCUCCCGUUCGUCGUCCUGAAGACAAUCUUAAACCUGAAGGAGAAUUCGAAAAACGGAAGCCUGAAGAAUGGCGUCCAGGUGAUAGAGCUCCAGUUCGUCGUCCUGAAGACAAUCUUAAACCAGAAGGAGACUUUGAAAAGCGGAGACCUGAGGAAUGGCGUCCCGGUGACCGAGCACCAGUACGUCGCCCUGAUGAUAAUUUGAGGCCAGAAGGUGAUUUUACUACUCCAGAUAAAGAACCUUGGCGUCCAGCUGAACGACAGAAGCCUAAAAAACCAGAUGACAAUCUAAAACCGGAGGGUGAUUUUGAAAAACGUCAGCCUGAAGAAUGGCAACCUGGUGAUAGAGCUCCCGUACGACGUCCAAAGGAUAACCUUAAGCCUGAAGGAGACUUUGAAAAACGCAAACCAGAUGAAUGGCGUCCGGGUGAUAGAGCUCCAGUUCGCCGUCCUGAAGACAAUCUUAAACCUGAAGGAGAGUUUGAAAAGCGACAUCCCGAGGUAUGGCGUCCCGGUGAUAGAGCACCUGUACAUCGUCCUGAUGAUAACUUGAGGCCAGAAGGUGAGUUUACUACUCCAGAAAAAGAAAUCUGGCGACCAGCUGAACGACAGAAGCCUAAAAAACCAGAUGACAAUCUAAAACCGGAGGGUGAUUUUGAGAAACGUCUGCCUGAAGAAUGGCAACCUGGUGAUAGAGCCCCUGUACGCCGUCCAAAAGAUAACCUUAAGCCUGAAGGGGACUUUGAAAGACGCAAACCAGACGAAUGGCGUCCGGGUGAGAGAGCUCCAGUUCGUCGUCCUGAAGACAAUCUUAAACCAGAAGGAGACUUUGAAAAGCGUCAUCCUGAAAAGUGGCGUCCCGGUGACAGAGCACCUGUACGUCGCCCUGACGAUAAUUUGAGGCCAGAAGGUGAGUUUACUACUCCAGAAAAAGAAAUCUGGCGGCCAGCUGAACGACAGAAACCUAAAAAACCAGAUGACAAUCUUAAACUGGAGGGUGAUUUUGAGAAACGUAAGCCGGAAGAAUGGCAACCUGGCGAUAGAGCCUCUGUACGACGUCCAGAAGAUAACCUCAAGCCUGAAGGAGACUUUGAGAAACGUAAACCCGAAGAAUGGCGGCCUGGAGAUAGAGCACCAGUCCGUCGCCCUGAUGAUAAUCUUAAACCAGAAGGUGAUUUCACUACUCCCGAAAAGGAAGCUUGGCGACCUGCAGAACGUCCAAUUCAAAAGAAACCGCAAGAUAAUCUUAAGCCAGAAGGUGAUUUUGAAAUUAGAAAACCGGAAAAAUGGCAACCUGGUGAACGUGAACCAGUUAAGCGCCCUGAAGAUAAUUUAAAACCAGAAGGAGAAUUUACCACCCCAAGAAAAGAGGAAUGGAGACCUGCUGAAAGACCUCUGCAGAAAAAACCAAUAGAUAAUUUAAAACCUGAAGGUGAUUUUGUUAAACGAAAACCCAAUGAGUUUGUUCCUGCUGAUAAAGCUAUAGUUAAGAAACCGGAGGAUAAUUUACGACCUGAAGGAGAAUUUACAACCACCAGGACCAUAACUGAAGACUAUAAAGUUGUUACUGGUGAAAGAGCUCAAAUAAUUCGACGAACAGAUAAUAUUAUCACAGAAGGCGAAUUCACAGAUACGACAACUACGCGUACUGAAUAUACUGGAAAACCAGUAGAUAGACCUACACCAGUGAGACGGAACACUUGGACGAAAAUAGAAGGGGACAUGAUAACAGAUACAACAUCUAAAUCCGAAUUUAUAGAUUACACAGAUAUUGUAGAAAGAUCUACUUUGGUUGCACGGAGAACAGAUAACAUAAUAAGAGAAGGUGAAAUCGAAUUUGUAACUUCAAAUCAGAAAGAUUAUACAGAAAAAGUUGCACCAGUAGAAAGACCUCAAAGACGUCGUACAUGGACUAAAGAAGAUUUUGAAAAAUUCUAUUCAACAGAUGAUUUACAAAAAGUUACUACAACGCAAGAAGAAUAUAGAACUUACGAAGAGGUUGAUGUGAGGCAACAACAAAUAAUACGACAAGACAACUUACAUUUAGAAGGUACUUUUGAAAGCCAUACAGUAUCUCAAGAUACUUUCCAACCAAAGCUUACUGACAGACCUAAACCCAAGAAACCGAUAGACAAUUUAAAACCAGAAGGUGAAUUUGAAAAACCGAAACAGGAAGAAUGGCGCCCUGCAGAGAGACAAACACCCAAAAAACCGCAGGAUAACUUAAAACCUGAAGGAGAGUUUGAAAAUCCUAUUUCAGAAGAAUGGCGUCCUGCUGAUCGUCCUGUACAAAAGAAGCCAAAAGAUAAUCUAAAACCAGAAGGUGACUUUGAACAGCCUAAACAAGAAGAAUGGCGCCCAGCUGAAAGACAAACUCCCAAGAAACCACAAGACAAUCUAAAACCUGAAGGUGAAUUCGAAUCUCCCAAACCAAAGGAAUGGCGUCCUGCUGAACGUGUUAUACAAAAGAAACCAAAAGACAACCUAAAACCUGAAGGAGAUUUUGAACAACCAAAACACGAUGAAUGGCGUCCUGCUGAGCGACCUACCCAAAAAAAACCAAAAGAUAAUCUUAAACCAGAAGGUGAAUUUGAACAACCAAAACAAGAAGAAUGGCGUCCUGCUGAGCGUCCCAUGCAAAAGAAACCUAAAGAUAACCUUAAGCCUGAAGGAGACUUUGAACAGCCAAAGCACGAUGAAUGGCGACCAGCUGAAAGGCAAGAACCUAAGAAACCACAAGAUAAUUUGAGACCAGAGGGUGAAUUUGAAACUCCUCGGCAAGAAGAAUGGCGUCCUGCUGAGCGGGUAACGCAAAAAAAACCAAAAGACAAUCUUAAACCGGAAGGUGACUUCGAACAACCUAAACAUGAUGAAUGGCGGCCUGCUGAGAGGCAAACACCCAAAAAACCACAAGAUAAUUUGAAACCAGAAGGGGAAUUUGAAACUCCUGAACAAGAAAAAUGGCGACCUGCUGAACGUGUAACGCAAAAGAAACCUAAAGACAAUCUUAAACCCGAAGGAGAGUUCGAACAGCCUAAACAUGAUGAAUGGAGGCCUGCUGAACGACAAACUCCUAAGAAACCUCAAGAUAAUUUAUGGCCAGAAGGUGAAUUUGAAACACCUCAACAAGAAAAAUGGCGUCCUGCUGAACGUGUAACACAAAAGAAACCAAAAGACAAUCUUAAACCAGAGGGUGAAUUCGAACAGCCCAGAUACGAUGAAUGGCGGCCUGCUGAAAGGCAAACGCCUAAGAAACCUCAAGACAAUUUAAAGCCUGAAGGAGAAUUUGAAACUCCUGAACAAGAAGAAUGGCGUCCUGCUGAACGUGUAACACAAAAGAAACCAAAAGACAAUCUUAAACCAGAAGGCGACUUCGAACAGCCUAAACACGAUGAAUGGCGACCCGCUGAAAGGCAAACGCCAAAGAAACCACAAGAUAAUUUGAAGCCAGAAGGUGAAUUUGAGACUCCUAAGCAAGAAAAAUGGCGUCCUGCUGAACGUGUAACACAAAAGAAACCAAAAGACAAUCUUAAACCGGAAGGUGACUUCGAACAACCUAAACAUGAUGAAUGGCGGCCUGCUGAAAGGCAAACACCUAAGAAACCUCAAGACAAUUUAAGGCCAGAAGGUGAAUUUGAGACUCCUAAGCAAGAAAAAUGGCGUCCUGCUGAAAGGCAAACACCUAAGAAACCUGAAGACAAUUUAAGGCCAGAAGGUGAAUUUGAAACUCCUGAACAAGAAGAAUGGCGUCCUGCUGAACGCGUAACGCAAAAGAAACCAAAGGACAAUCUUAAACCAGAGGGUGAUUUUCAACAGCCUAAACAUGAUGAAUGGCGGCCUGCUGAAAGGCAAACACCUAAGAAACCUCAAGACAAUUUAAGGCCAGAAGGUGAAUUUGAAACUCCUGAACAAGAAGAAUGGCGUCCUGCUGAACGUGUAACGCAAAAGAAACCAAAGGACAAUCUUAAACCAGAGGGUGACUUUGAACAACCUAAGCAUGAUGAGUGGCGACCUGCUGAAAGACAAACGCCCAAAAAACCACAAGACAAUUUGAAACCAGAAGGAGAAUUUGAAACCCCUAAGCAAGAAACAUGGCGUCCUGCUGAACGUGUAACGCAAAAGAAACCUAAAGAUAAUCUUAAACCAGAGGGCGAAUUUGAGCAGCCCAGACAAGAUGAAUGGCGGCCUGCUGAAAGACAAACACCUAAGAAACCACAAGACAAUUUAAGGCCUGAAGGUGAGUUUGAAACUCCUGAACAAGAUAAAUGGCGACCUGCUGAACGUGUAACGCAAAAGAAACCUAAAGAUAAUCUUAAACCCGAAGGAGAAUUCGAACAACCCAAACAUGAUGAAUGGAGGCCUGCAGAACGACAAACUCCUAAAAAACCUGUAGAUAACUUAAAGCCAGAAGGAGAGUUUGAAACACCUAAACAUGAUAAAUGGCGUCCAGCUGAAAGACCUGAAGUGAAAAAACCGCAAGAUAAUUUGAAACCUGAAGGUGAAUUCGAAAAACCAAGGCAUGAUAAAUGGCAGCCUGCUGAAAGACAAACGCCUAAGAAACCCCAGGAUAAUUUAAGACCAGAGGGUGAAUUUGAAAAGCCUAAGCAGGAUCAAUGGCGUCCGGCAGAAAAACCUGAAGUAAUAAAACCUAAAGAUAAUCUUAAACCAGAAGGCGAAUUUGAGAAACCAAAACAAGAUAAAUGGAAACCAGCAGAACGACAAACACCCAUAAAACCAAAAGAUAAUCUCCAUCCAGAAGGAGAUUUUGAAACCCCGAAAUAUGAUGAAUGGCGUCCAGCUGAGAAACCAAUUGUUAAGAAACCUGAAGAUAAUUUAAAACCAGAAGGAGAAUUUGAAAAAACAAAACCAGAAGAAUGGCGCCCUGCUGAACGUCCUACACAAAAGAAACCGAAGGAUAAUCUUAAACCGGAGGGUAAAUUUACACAACCUAAACAUGAUGAUUGGCGUCCUGCUGAACGACCGGAAGUGAAAAAGCCUAAAGACAACCUCAAACCUGAAGGAGAAUUUGCGCAACCAAAACAAGACGAAUGGCAUCCAGCUGAACGACAAACACCUAAAAAACCAAAAGACAACUUAAAACCUGAGGGUCAAUUCGACAGACCAGAAAAACCAAAACAUGUUCCAAGUGAAAGACCAGUUCAAAAGAAGCCUGAAGAUAAUUUGAAACCUGAAGGUAACAUGGAAGUAGUACGAUGUACAGACUAUACUGCAACAAAGGGUGAUCGUGUUGAUGUAGUGAGACACGAAGAUCAUCUUAAAAUGGAAGGAAAGAUUGAUGUUCGUCGAUCUCGAGAUGAUUAUAAACGCAUUGAUACAGUAGAAAAAGUCAUUGUUCGAAAACAUGAAGAUAAUUUGAAAACCGAAGGUGAAUUUAUUGACCUCCAAGUACGUAAUGAUUAUAGUGCAACAAAAGGUGAAAGAGCUCCAGUCGUAAAACCUCAGGAUAAUUUAAAACCUGAUGGCAAGUUUUACAAACCAGAAAUGGUUCCCUCUCAGCCAGCAGAAAAACGUAAACCGUUUAAGCAAGUUGAUAAUAUUACUAUUGAAAGAGAUACUGAUAUACGUCAAAAGCAAAAGAUCGAGCGUGUUGAUAUCAUCAGGAGAGAGGAUAAUCUUAAAAUAGAAGGUGAAUUCAUUGAUAUGAAACAGCGAAAUGAUUACAGUGUUGUAAGAGGUGAAAAAUCUGCCGUUGUAAAACAUGAAGAUAAUUUAAAAAUGGAAGGUAAAAUGGAGAAUAUUAGAUCAUCGGAUACUUAUCGAGUUGUUAAAGGACAAAGAGUUAAAUUAACAAGAAGGGAAGACAAUCUGAAAAUUGAAGGAGUAUUUGAAGACCAUACACGUAGAGAUGAUUAUAAAAUAACUAAAGGUGAAAGAUCAGCUAUAGUUUAUCAUCCUGACAAUUUAAAACUGGAAGGAGAUUUUGAAAGAAGACCGAUACAUGAAAUAGAAAAUGAAAAACUAGACCGACCUCAAGGUAAAAAACCACAAGAUAAUCUUUAUCCUGAUGGAAAAUUUGAAAAGAAACCUGAACAUCAUUGGCAACCUGGAGAAACUCCAGAUCAAAUAAGGCCAAAAGAUAAUUUAAAACCAGAAGGUGAAUUUGAAAGAAGACCAAAAACUCAAUGGCAGCCUGGUGAAACGCCUUCACAAGUAAGACCACAAGACAAUCUAAAGCCCGAGGGAGAUUUUGAUCGACCUGUAAGACCGAAGUGGACUACAGGAGAUAGACCUGAACAAACAAAACCCAAAGAUAAUUUACAUCCUGAAGGUGAUUUCCAAAGUAGGCCAAAAACUCAAUGGCAACCCGGAGAAACGCCAUCCCAGGUACGCCCAAAAGAUAAUUUGAAGACAGAAGGUGAAUUUGAUCGUCCCUCUAGGCCAAAGUGGCAAACAGGAGAAAGACCAAGUCCUGCAAAACCAAAAGAUAAUUUACACCCAGAAGGUACUAUGGACACACGCGUUGUUACUAAAUGGUCUCCUGGUGAAACUCCUGCACAGGUUCGUCCUAAGGAUAAUUUACGUCCUGAAGGCGAUUUUGAUCGUCCAGUUUCACAAAAAUGGAGUCCUACGGAAAAGCCUUCUCCGAUAAAACCUAAAGAUAAUCUUCAAACUAAUGGUGAUAUUAGUAGGUCUGUAACAAAUGAGAUUACUACAAAUACAGUAGACGGAAAGUAUGUAACUAGUCAUGAUGAUCAUAAUAUCCAAUCUAGUGUAAAUAUUACGAGAACUAAUGCCCAAUUUAAGGAUGAUCGUGAAACACAUAAAUUGCAUUCCACAGAAAAGCAUUCCAAACAAUUUACUACUCAUAGCACUGCUGAACAUACAACAUCAAAGCACAUUCAAUCUGGAACACAUUCAAAAAAUACCAUUGCGUCCUCUAAGGAAGUAGUUGGGCAGUCUCUAGAUCGGCCGAGAUCUCAUGAUGCUAUUGAUAGAGCUCAAUCUCCUUACUCUACUGAUCGCUCUACAUCACGCUCUGUAAUUGACAAAAAUUCAAUACAAAAAUCCGAUUCCAAAGUUUCGAAGAAUAUAUCAUCUACUACGAAAAUAAUGAAACAAGUAACAGAAAAGAAACUGAUUGCAGGCAAGUGGGUUACAGUUACACGAAAUGUAGAAACCAGUGUAGUACCAGGCGGCGAUACAAAAGGUCCUAAAGAAUUUGGACUGCACACUGGGAGUACAACACAAAGACCUGAGCAAUUUACUGACAACCAUGAUUUUAAUUCUCAUCAACGACAAGUUACUGCAGAAAGUCACACUCAGCGCAAUAUUUCUAAUACGCAUAUUUCUAAAGAAAGUCAUUUGCAAGAAAAGAAUUUAUCGUCCAUUAAAAAAUCUGAUUUUAACAAUCAAACUGGUGAUUACCAACCAAGAACGGUAUCAUCAAGGCAAUCUACAGUAUCAUCUACAAAUUACGGUGAAACAAAUGAUAUUUCAAACAAUAAAAUUCAACGUCAGGUGGAAUCUACUUCUAAUAUUGCACAAAAAAGUCACAUAGAGCAAAAUACAAUAAGAUCAACUCAACAGUCCUCUUCUGGUAAUUAUGUAAAUAAACAAGUAAAUAAUGAUUAUGUUCAGGGCAUCGUAUCAUCCUCAACAAAUCAAGGAUCUAAUUUACAGCAUCAUUCAACUUCUAGCAACCAAAUUGGACGAAAUGUAUCAACACAUGUUUCAAAAGGAAGUCAUUUAGAACAGAAUAUUUCAAGAUCUACUCAUUCUCAAACGAUAAAUAGAAAUCAAUUAAGUGAUAGUGUAACAAAAACAAGCAUUGAAUUUCAGAGAGCAAUGCACGGCGGUGAUGAUACUAAAUCUUCUGUGGUUGACAAUUCAUCUCGUGUUGGUCAUCACAAACGUACCUCUGAUUUGGUAUCUGAUUCAUCGUCAACGAACGCUGUUUUGCAUCGUAAAGGAAUUUCGUCCAGUACCGAAGCUCAGCAUUCUAUUAGUUCCACGGCAGCCGCACAACGAAAAAGCAUUGGCAAUCUUGGUGAGCGCGGAGAAUACAUAAGUAAUUCUACUCAGAGUUCAGAUAGAAAGAGCAUUAGCUCUAUGCAUCGCUCUGCUAGAGAUAACAUGGCUGUUAUAUCUCAACACACUGAAAGUUCGGAUCGUCGAAGUCAAAGCAGAAGGGAUGGUCAAUCAACUUUAGUGAUAGAGCGUCAACCUCGAAUAGUUGCCAGAGAUAAUCUUCGAGUUGGUGGGGAUUUCUAUGGACAGUCCGAGGCUCGAUCGUAUGGCAGUUUUUCGCGAUCAGAACAUUCACAAAGAGCUGAGCGGUCUGAACAUUUAGAGCGCGUUCAAAGAGUGGAACGCGUUACUCGUCACGGUAAUGCAUCACAUUUCAUGCUGGGAGAUGGUGCCACUAGCUAUAAGCGCGAGUAUACAUCCCAUGUACAUGGAACUUGUCCGGCAACUCUAAUAGAAGCGCCGAGUACACCAUUCAAGCAUACGCGAGAUUCCCGUGAACACAAAUUUUAUGCAACAAAAGUGACUCAGAAAUAAUAUUAUUGUCUUCUUUUACUAUACCAUUCCGUAUUUAAGCAAGCUUCUUAUGUCAUCGUAAUCUAAUCGUUAUCAACGUAUAAAUAAAAUAUUAAAGGCGCUAACAUUGCUAGUCUUAAUCAUAAUAAUAUUUUAUGAUUUGUGUUUAACGUAGGUAUCCUUCUUAUUCUUCUUAAUAUUGCAUAAAAAUCAUUUGUUUAACAAAUUAUUAUUAUCUUAUAUUUUAUUUUUUGUCAAACUUUGCCAUGUAAUAAAAUUUUAUACUAUA